GUCAAUUGUCUUAUUUUUCAUAAUAAUACACAUGUGAACAUGUUUGUAUUAACCAAAAAUGGAAAUUUGUGACUUAAGAACGUGUAUCUGGUUAAUAAAUGGAGCUGUUAAGGAAAUUUAAAAUAUUAUCAAUGUAGAACUUUAGUUUUUUAUGUGAAUAUAUAAAACAUAAAUAUCUCCCAGUCCUAAGUACUUAACCUAAAGCUUGACUAAGACUUAUAAAAAGAAUAAGUUUAUGAUUACUAUUUUUAAUGAUUAUACUCACUAUACAAUUUACAAAUGGAAGAAAUAAAUUCUGCUAAAGAAGAACUAAAUUACGAAUCUAAUUUUCCGCAGUAUACUCUUUUUGAUAUUAAAAUAGAUCCGGGUUUGAAAGGUGACGAUGGAACAGAAUUACCACGACCAUUUACAAAAAAUCAAAUGCGAAAAUGGUUGAAAAAGGUUAGAUGGGAAAAUAGCAAAGCUGAAAAAAGAUCUAAAGAGAAAGCCAGGGCUAAAGAACGAAGAAGAAAAGCAAAGGCAGAAAAUAUAGAUUUAGGUCCAAAUAGAAAGACAUUAAAGAAAAUGAAGCUUGAAAAACCGAAGAAAAAUAUCGGUAUCAUAAUAGAUCUUAGUUUUGAUAAUUUGAUGAUAGAAAAAGACAGGUAUAAAGUAAUUAAACAAAUUUUAAGAUGUUAUUCUAUUAACAGGCGGUCAGAAUCACCCUUACAAUUUUAUGUUACUAGUUUUGGAGAAAAAUCUAGAGUUGAUAUUUCUAGACAUAAUGGUUAUGAAAAUUGGGAUAUAGUUUAUCAUGAAGAAACAUAUCUCAAUAAAUUUCCAAAAGAAAAACUGUUUUAUUUGACAAGUGAAUCAGAUAAUGUUAUUGAAUGUUUUGAAGAAGAUACUUACUAUAUAAUAGGAGGAUUAGUGGAUCAUAAUCAAUACAAGGGGUUGUGUCAUAAAAUUGCAGUUGAACAAGGUAUAAGACAUGGUCAGUUACCUCUAAAUAAAUAUGUUAAUAUGAAGACUAGAAAAGUUUUAACAAUUGAUCAUGUAUUUGAGAUUGUGCUCAGAGUGUGUGAAGGUAUGUCGUGGCAAGAUGCGCUCAUUAAAGUAUUGCCAGUUAGAAAAGGAGCUCAUGUGUGUGAUUCUACCAAUAGUUAUUCUUCUAGUAUAGAUGUUUCUUUUGACAGUGAUGGUACAAAUUAACACCAGAGUAUGAGCUUAUUAUAUAAAUUGCAAUAAAAAAAUAAAUAUGUUUAUAAAUUUAAUAACUUAUUUUAUUUAAAACAAAAAUACUUAUUAAAAAAUAUUGCACACUUU